AUGGUUUCUUAUGAGAACAUCAGAAACAAGUUGCAGGUAAUCGCUGCGAUGUCAGCGUCGCUUUCGAAGGAGGACGAAGUUGAAAAGGAUGCCCCAGACAAUUGUAUCCCUCCGGGGAGUCGGUGCUGCUAUCGUAGCGGAUGUGUGUCCAUUUAUCACUUCCACGCGCCGAGCCAACGAACCGGCGUUGGGUCGGAAGUGCAGUUCGUUCCGUGCGUGUCUCUUAUAGGGCAACUGCGUUCGUCUGCUGCUCUGUCGACGCUCACCGUGUGGUGGACGAAAAGCCGUCCAGGCCCCACG